CAACACUCCCAGAUCCCGGGCACUAGAAACUGCGGUUAGUUGUUUUUCUAUUCAAGAAGUAUGAACGUUCAUGGCUGUCUGUCGAUGCUCAGAAAUUCGCAUAUGUAGAAGAAACAGGAUAGGUUCGAACACUGUAUCCUGAGGUACGCCACUCGGGAGGCAAGCCAAUCAGUAUAGUAAUCAUUUACUUUAUCCUUCCAACGCCUUUCCUCAACGAACGAACUGAUCCACUGAAAAAGAGCGCUACGGAUCCACGUUCUUCAAGAAAACCAUUUCGUUGGCGUGGGGGAUUUCGCGGAAGAUUCAACUCUGGAAGAGCUCCAAAGCCUUCUGUGGGAGUGAACCGGACUGAACCCGCCCCUGCCGACUCCAUCUCUCAAACCGAAUCGCUCUGCUCCAAUUUCACUGGUACGGGAUUUUUAAAUGCAAAGGCAGAACCGCUUGUUCCUCUGGAUAAAUGCUGUCCUUAUCCCGGAUGGCUGCUUUACUUUCCAACUAGAGCUUAUGAUAGCUCGUCGAAGUUGUCAUCGUACACCAAGUGCUUCAUGGAGUUCUUUGGUGAAACUCUCAAGCAAUGUGGCUACGACCCAUCACUUACUACUCUAUCUCAGUCCCCGGAUUCUGCCACUGGCGCUCCAAUCGAUUGGUUCCUUGUGGAGACCCAGGGCGCUGUACAGAUCAAUUUUCCAAGCCUGCUAAAUUCGGUUACGUUAAUUCGGAAUGUCCCUGAAAUCAAAGAGCUUCUUAGCGACGAUACGGAAGGUGGCGCACUGUCCGCCGAGCGUUGCGGAUGUCUCUUACAAUCCAUGGGGCUUGCUUUGAACACGCUGUGCUACAAUGCUGCUUAUAAGACCAGCACAAAAUUUGACCUAUUUAAAGCGGUCGACUGUAAUUCCACAAUCCAGGACAGUCGCAUCCCAUCAUACAUUGCCGGUCGUAUCAUCAAUCACUCGCCCGUGACUCCAUUGCGAAGGUUGAGAGCCCAUCAUCUUGGUCGUUUCAUAUCAAUUAAGGGGAUCGUAGUGCGAGUGGGCCCCGUCGAACCAGUGUGUCGCCGACUGUCAUUUGAAUGCACCCAGUGUGGUACUCGACAAGUUCUCAUCCUCCCCACCGGUGGUCGCUUUUCCACCCCUACACGAUGCACCUUCCGCGGCUGUCGAUCGCGCUGCUUUGAACCACUUCUCAAUCACCCCGACACAGUCACCGUCGAUACGCAGAUUAUCACUGUACAAGAGGCCUCUGAACCCCAGCCAGAUCGCCUUUUAGGCGAAGUCAGCACUUCAGCAUCCUCUUUAGGCCGCAGUCCCCGUUGUUUGCCCUGUCGCUUGACUCUGGACCUUGCCGAUUCAUGCAUACCCGGGGAUGUCGUGCACCUCGCUGGCGUGGUUAGUCUGCUCAACACUGAUAGUCAAGCGUCUUCAUCAGCCCAUGCUUCAUGGUCGUCACGCCGCUCUGGAAAUAUGUUCAGUCUGUUGUUAGAAGUUAACGGCCUGACCAAAAUGAGCGGCGGUAGCAACAUCAACUUCCGUCGUAUGGCCGGAUCAUCUAACUACCUCAGCGGAAAUUCUGGCAUGCUUCUCAUCACCUCCGGAGACGAAUUCGGAAACCCUGAGCUGGCAAAUGGUGAACGCUCCAUUGAACAGUCGAAUACUCAUUCUGACAGUGACUUCUCCAUCAAGGACUUGUACGCAAUCAGAGAAAUAAGUGAACAGCCCAAUUUGUUUCGUCUGCUGGUCGCGUCUUUGUGUCCCUCCAUCUGCGGUCGCGCAUUAGUAAAAGCUGGUCUUCUGUUAGCUCUAUUCGGUGGCACCCAAAAUCCGCGACCAAAUAAACGUCGCCAGAAACGACUACGAAAUCCGACUGAGCGUACACUUACAGAUGAUUGCGCCGAAGAUAAUAUCUUUGAAUCGGAUUCAGACGACGCCGGCACUUCUUAUCGCCUCGGUGCCAACCAGUUGGUUUCGCCCAAGGUUGUUACUGGCAACGGCAGUCCGGAUUUGUCCAGUUCCAGUGAUGAAAUAAAAGAGGAUGAUUAUCAGCAAGAGAAUUCCACUUCCGAUUGGUCCGAUGGUGUCACCGAAACAACGGCGCGACGUUCUGCUUCUCAUGUACUGAUAGUCGGUGAUCCGGGUUUGGGAAAAAGUCAGAUGCUUCGAGCUGCUGCUAGUCUCUCCCCGCGAGUUAUCUACGUGUCUGGAAACACUGUGUCUGCAGCCGGAUUAACAGUUAGCACGAUUCGCGAGGGCAGUGGCAGUGGUGGUGGAUUCGCUCUGGAAGCCGGUGCCUUAGUUCUGGCUGACCAGGGCUGCUGUUGCAUUGAUGAGUUCGAUAAGUUAGCCUGUGAUCCAGCCGUACUUUUAGAAGCUAUGGAGCAGCAAACUAUCAGUGUUGCUCGCGGUGGGUUGGUCGCCAAUUUACCGGCCAGAGCUGCCGUCUUGGCAUCCGCCAACCCUGUUGGAGGACACUACGACUCAACGCGCCGAUUGGAUGAGAACCUGCGCAUCUCUCCUGCUUUGCUCUCUCGCUUCGACUUAGUUUUUGUUCUUUUGGACCGUCCUGAUGAAUUGGCCGAUCGCCUACUCUCGGAACAUGUCACUGCUCUGCACACGGGGGAUUGGAAGCCGAGCAGUUUUACUUGCACUCAAUCCUCGCCAUUUGGUCUUCAACAGUCCACACGAUCACAGCCCACCACCAUUUAUGUGGAUCCGACCGCAUCAUUGGAAGAUCGCCUUGAGUUACGAUUGGGGGAACAAAUUGACUACAUUCCACCUGUCUUAUUGCGCAAGUACAUUCUGUACGCACGAAAAUACGUGAUGCCUAGCUUGUCGUCAGAGGCUGCCUUGACACUCCGGGAUUUUUACUUGGAGCUUCGACGCAACCGACACGCACCUGACGCUUUUCCAGUGACGCUCAGGCAGUUGGAAUCACUCGUCCGUCUUACCGAAGCACGUGCUCGAGCGGAUCUCCGUGAAGAGGCCACUCGUGAAGAUGCUCUCGAUGCUUGUGAACUCAUGAGAGCAACUGGAGUUGGUACCGGUAUGGUGUGUGGAACCCCUGCCAAUGCCACCCUCAGCCAAAUAGCCAAAAUGAUUCCAACAACUUCUAGGCGGAGCACCUCGGACAGUGGACCUGCUGCUUCAAAGCGUCUCCUAGCCGCACUGGAGAUUGCUUCACAAAGGUCUAACAGCCGAAUCUUCACCAUUGAGGACGUUCGUGCAAUAUGUGCAGGUCUGGGCAUUUCACUAACGAACCUGGAUAUCCUCUUGUCGCGUUUGAAUGAAGCUGGAGCAGUUUUGAAGCAAAGCAGUGAUGUUUAUAAACUCGUCUGA